CAUCAGGACCACCGCACAGAAAAGCGACCAACUUGGACAAGAAAGAGAUCAUCGCCCUAUUUCCAGGCCAGUGGAACAGACAAGUGUCGGCAAGACUCAAUCCACAAUCCUGCUGCUGAAGUAAAGUUUUGGUUUACUUCCGACCCCUGAAGCUAUGGAAAUGAUCCAUCCUAAAGGAAGUGCGCAGUCCCCAAAAAGUAAACCUGCAUCGUCCAGCCAGGUCACAUCUGCAAAGCCUACAAGCCCCGCUAAGACAUCUGUAACAAGCACCAGGAAGAAUAUUUCACCCAGACCAGCAAAUAAAUACACAGUCCCUACAGAAGCAACACAACCAGAGAGUGCCAUAGGGAGCACCAAAUUAAAGAGUAGGCACACAUCUGCCUCAUACCCAGGCAGCGCCAGUGUGAGGCAAGCAGCAGCCAGCAAGCAGCAGCCAAGCCAGUCACUGGGGUCCAGAAACGUCCCGGCCAGGCCAUCAUCUGCUGAGAGUUCAUUCGCUCCAUUCGCGGAAGGACACCUGUCUCUGGAGGAGGUCAAAAAAAUUGAGGAAAAAACACGCGGACAGAGGAAUAACGAAGACUGGUUUAGGUGGCGCCAAAAUCGUAUCACGGCUUCCAUGGCUCAUCAGAUAUCACACAGUCGAUUUGCUAAUGACCGAAGCGAAGAGAUCCCGCAGUCUUACCUGAAAACCAUAGUGGGUACUGCACCCAGGGUACAAACUACCGCCAUGAACUGGGGUAACACGAAUGAGAAAAACGCUGUGCAUUCAUAUGAACGACUGAUGUCCCGGAGUACCGGAAGAGAAGUAGAGGUAGAGGACUGCGGCUUAUUCAUCCACCCUAAUAAAAACUGGCUGGCAGCGAGUCCGGAUGGGAUAGUGAGAGAUAAGAAGACAGGGGAGAAGUUGUGUAUCUUGGAGGUAAAAUGUCCUUAUAAACACAGACAACACACAAUACGCGAGGCCUGCGCUGACCCUAAUUUCUGCCUUAAGCAAGAUGGGGAUUCCUACAUUCUGAAGCCCAAUCACCCUUACUAUACCCAGGUGCAGUGCCAGCUUGCAGUCACGGGCAUGGAGCGGGCAGAUUUUGUUGUGUACACAACAAAAGAUACAGCUGCUGUGUCUGUGAGUCCGGACCACAGCUUUUGGGAAGAGGCAGAAUCAAAGUUAAAAAAAUUCUACAGAGAGGCUGUGAUCCCUUACCAAAAUGGGGGGAGUAAAGAUGACAAAGGAGUGAGUGAGGGACGUGUUUGGGCUGUGGAAGAAUGAGAAU